AUGGACUCAUCAUGGGUCCCAGGGGCCCUGGUCGGGCAACAAGAACCUCAGUUCAAGCAAUCAUUUGAGGAUUUGCCAUUGUGGUGGCCCGACUUCAGCUGUAGUGGGAAUAUGGUGAGGGCAAUUCAAAACAUAUACAAAUAUAGGGACUGCAAUAACAAUGGAAACUUCACGGCCAAUAGUAAUUAUGCUGAGAACCGCCGCCUCCUCCUAAACUCUCUCCCCUCCAAUGUCACAGCCGAGGACGGGUUCUCCUCGGGAAGCCUCGGCACAAGCCCCGACACAGUCUAUGCCCUCAGUUUCUGCAGUGGCGGAGACCUUCCAGCACAAAACUUGACAGCCUCUGUGAACUCCACAUCCAUGGGACUAAGGGAAAGCUGCCCAUAUCAAAAGCAAGGCGCCGCAUUUGAAGGUGAUUUCUGCAUCUCUCGUUAUUCAAACAGCCCGACCUAUGAGAUCCUCAACAUUAGUAUAGAUAUGAUGGUUUGCGACAUGAUGGAUCUGGACAUGAGCUGGGACAGUUUCAACAAAACUUGGUGGAAUCAUAUGGAAUGCCUCACCAUGAGGGCCUCAAAGGGGUCUACUAGGCUUAAGUUUGCCACAGGGGAAGCCAGUCUGCCCUUGACUCCCCAUACUAUUUAUCCAUUCCUUCAGUGUAACCUCAACCUAUCAGAGAGUGAUUGCCUCAGGUGCUUGAUUCAUUCAAUUAGUGAUUAUCAGAACUGGUGCCGAGAUAAUUCAGGAAGGGUCGUUCGCUGGUCAAGUUGUUAUUUGCGGUGGGAUCUAUACUACUUCUAUGUGUACUCACGGCCCCUCCACCACCAUCUCCACCGCCACCACCCUCACCACCACCUCCUCCAGGUGCUCCUCUGCGCGCAUUUCAUUUUGUUUGAAUUCCUUUUCUCUAGCUUUAGAAAAAAUUCAUCCAAAGGAAGGUGA